AUGGCCUCUGACGAGAAUUCUAACAAAACGUCAUCUUCAGCAAGUAUUAAUAUUGCCAAGCAAAUAUAUCCAAAGCCUUUGUCGGCAUUACGGCUGGGUCCCAUUAAGGAUGAGCUAGGAUUUACCCUCACCGAGAGGGUGGCUCUGAGGCAAGCGUGGAACCUAAUCAGGUCUCGAGAGCGACGAUUUGGCCAGGAUGUAUUCCAUACAUUUUUAAACGAGUGGUAUUGGACAAUCUAUAAAUUCAAAAUUGGUGGAGAAAUCAACUUGGCGCACUUGCACGGCCAUUCUCUGACAUUUAUCCGCUUUGUGGGCGCUCUUAUCAAUGAGCAGGAUCCGAUCAUGUUCCAGGUGAUGCUAAAUGACAAUAACCAAACACACAGCCGCUGCAAAGUGCGAGGGGAGUACAUUGGGAUGCUGGCCCAAGCCCUUACGGACUACCUUCUGAAGGUACUCGAUAAGGUGAGCUCACCAUCGUUGGAGCGAGGCUUACAGCGAAUAGUUGAGAAAUUCAAGUCCUAUCAGGAUAUCGAAACAGUGAAUAGCAAAAUGAGCUACAAUCGUCGUGUGAGCAAGAGUAACUUUAGCUUGCACAAGUUCUCGAUAUGAGACCAUUUCCUCAUCCGAAAUUGAAUGCGACUAGUUCUACAAUCAGCAGGGACGUCAUAGAAUCGCCAGCUCCAAUCCAUUCAACACCAAGGCAAAAUCGAAAUUAUAUCGUGCUGUAGUCGUAUACGUACGAGUAUGCCGUAUACAGCUGGACUGUAUAGUACAAUGCUGCUGCCACAGCCACUGCUGCCGUCACAGUCAACGUUGCUGCUGGCGUCGCUGCGGCCAUUGAUUUCGUUUCGAUGUUAAGCGCGUUUCCUUUGAGAAAUUCAGUUUUGCUCGGACGCUCAACGCGCAUUCGCACGUUUCAGCAGUAAAGCGGUUUGCAUUUAUAGAACUGAAGCCGAUCGGUAUAGUUGUUCGAGUGCUACCGAAUUAUAUAUAAAUCCCGAAAUAAUAUAGCCGUAAUUACGGCCCAAGCAUUUGA